AUGGCGCCGUCCUUCCCGUCCACGCUGCCGCCGCGCGUGCCGUCCACGGCCUCCAACAUGCACGUGACGGCGUCGGACAUCAGCCUCUUCAGCCGCUCGGACGACGAGGGCGAAGAGGACGCAGUGGCCGUUGAGGACGAGCAGCUGGCUGUGCGGACGCUCGUGAGCGAGCAACAGGCCGGCGACGAGGGCGAGACGCUGGCCCAGGAGCUGCUGGAGGCGCUGCGCCUGGGCACCAGCAACUUCCUGCUGGCCUACAACACGCGCGCGGGUAUCGCGGCGUUAUUGCGGCUGCUCAAGCUGCUGCAGCGCCGCGACUGGAGGGCGGCGACGGAUCUGCGCCAGCUGCUGGACGAGAAGCACUUGGCCUUCCGCGUGGACGCCGUGAGGCUCGGCCUCUUCCUGGGCUGGUUCACAGGGGGUUAUAGGGGGCUUAGAGCGCUACUACCGGUCAUUCUACGGCGCGUUCUACCAAAGAAGCAGCUGCAGGACGACAAGAAGCUCAAGGAGAUCUCGGCGCUAGGCUCAGGAGCUAUCGCGGCCAUUGCACUGGGCUUUGUGGACGCUAAAAGACGUCGGUCACUAGCGCUUUAUGCCCUCACGAGAGCGCUGCAGUGCGGAUACAACACGGCCAAGAGGCUGGGCCGCUGGCACUUCUGGGGAAGCGACUGGCGAUUCGGAGACGCGCUGCUGUUUGCGCUCUCGAGCGCGCAGGUCAUGUACGCGUACGUCAUGAGACCAACGACGCUACCUCCGGAGUACUACAGGUUCAUUGUGCAGACUGGCCCAGUGGAGCUGGAGACGUUGAAGCUUGUGCAGCAGGUCAAUCGCGGAGGUCCAGCGAGCGCUGCUGUCCUUCAGAAGCUGCUGGACCGGAAGCCAGGAAUCCCGAGGGAUUUCCCGCUGCCCACGGACAUUGUGCCUUGCAGGCUUGUGCAUUCAAACGCCGACUCGUGCGUGGUGGGGUCGGUGCUGUGCUUCAAGCGCGCCUUCCAGAAGACCUUCCCGCUCUACCUGUCGCUCUUCAUCGUGCCGGGCGUGGUCAUCCACUUCAAGCGCUUCCUGCGCUCGCCAUUCCGAACGCUUGCGCGCUCGAUACUGAAUGCUACGAGGUCCAACUGCUUCCUCGCGUCCUUCGUGUCGCUGUAUUUGUCCCUCAUCUGCUUGCACCGCCGCGUGGUCAGUAAAGACCAUCGCUUCAUCUAUUAUCUGGCCGGACUUGGAGCCUCGACGACCAUUCUCCUGGAACCCAAAAGUCGACGCUCUGAGUUGGCGCUGUACGUGUUGCCACGCGCACUCGACAGCUUGGCGAUGAUCCUGCACGACCGCGGGAUCUGUUCCGGCUUCAAGUACGGUGAGAUUGCUCUCUUCUCGGCCUCGAUGUCUGUAAUGAUGUACUGCUAUGAGCAUGAGAAGGAGUCCAUGAGCCCCUUCCUGUACAGCACCAUGAAGCGCUUCCUGCAGACCUCGACAGACAAGAAGCAGUUGUACGCAGCUUCUCUUGAGAAGAAGGAGAGACGACGAUCGCAGUCGAUGGUGCAGCCCCUCGUGAUCUCCUAA